AUGUACGGACGCGGUUACGGUCCUCCUGGUGGUGGAUACGGCGAGGGCGGAGGCUACGGCCGUUCGCCAGGCGGAUACGGCCCACCGCCGAGCGGUCCAGGUGGCUACGGCGGCGCACCACCCAGCGGACCCCGUCACCACGCCGGCCUCGGUUCACGCGGCGCUCCCUCGAACCUCCCUCCGCCGCCGAAUCUCGCUGGUUCACCGGGAGGGUAUGGCUCGCCGGCUGUGGGAGGUGCUGCUGGAGCGCUUGGGAUGCAGGGACCGGCAGGAGAGAAGUUCAGCUUGUUCGUCGGAAGUAUCGUCGAUGGGCUGGAGAACGGAUGGUUGGAGAGUAUCCUCGGCGUUGCCGGUCCCGUACUCUCGUUCCGCCGUCCCUCCCCUCCCUUCGCUUUCGUCGAGUACGCCGAGGCAGAGUCGGUCCUGCGGUGCUUGGAGGUCGUCAAUGGCGCGGCUAUCAAGAUGCCGAACGGGGCGGAGAAGACGCUGCUGGUCAAGGCGGACGAGAAGACGCGGGGCAGGCUUGACGAGUAUGAGAAGGACCGGGAGAACGACGACUUGACGCAGCAAGCGAAGGACGACCUCGCCAACAUCCUGAGACGCAUCGCAGCCGGCGACCCAAUCUCCGGCACCGAGCCCGAAGAGCACGACCCGGAGCGCAAGCCGCACAUCCCUCAGCAUCUCAAGGACCUCGCGCCCGAAGACUUGCCGGAGAGUCACCGCAACAACACGCUGAGCUCGAUUGCCCAGUUCCGCGAGGCGGCGGUGAAGAAGGCGCAUCAGCGGUUCGAACUCGACAGGCAGAUCGAGGAGCGGAGGCAGGCGAUGAUUGCGCAGAACGCGCGGCAACAUCAGCAGCGCGCCGCGCCGGGCUACUCGCCGCCUGGUCCUGCCGCUGGACCUUCGCACGUCAUGCCCGCGGCUUCGCAGGACCCGCAGAGCUUCAACCGCCCUGUGCCAUUCGUUGCAGGAGGUGCAGGUGCGAAUGGAGCCCCGGCACCUCAGGCUGAACCCGAGUUGGACGACAUGGAGCGCGAACGCGAACGGGCCGAGGCGGAGCACAGGCAGCAAGAGGUGGUCUACCGGAAUCGCGAGCGACAGUUUGAGCAGCGGGAACGAGCGAGGAUUGCGGCGUGGGAACGGGAACAGGCGCGCGAGCAAGGCAUCGCUGAGCAGGAGGAGCGAGAUCGCGCGUACAUGGCGGAGCGUCUUGCGACCUGGGACGACGACCGCGAGGCUGAACGAGGACGCGAGCUGUUCUACAUCGACCGCAUUCGAUGGCGUGCUCAGCGAAAGCCGCAUCGCCUUCGCGAGCAGGAGGCAGAUGCUCGGGACCGUGCCUUCGAAGCCCAGCAAGUCGCCGCGCUCAACGAGCAAUCCGACUCGUUCCUCUCUCAGCACGCCGACCUCUUCGCUUCUUCCCUUCCCACACCUGGUACCCCAGCAUCCGGCGCAGACACAGCGUCUGCCACGCCAGGCGGCGCGACUCCUGCUGUCGGCGUCAAGCUCAACCUGACAACGGCGCCGAAACCGGUCGUCAAGGAGGCACCGAAGCCUCGACCGACUGCUAUGGCGCUUGCGGACGAAGAAGAGGAGGGUCGGAAGAAGCGCGAGCUCAUCCCGCUCGAAUACUCGGAUGACGAGGACGCAGGUCAACCGAGGCCGAGGUUGUCGAGGAGCGAGAUGGAGCGGAAGGCGCGGGAGAUUGAAGCGAAGGUGCCGACGAGCAAGGACGGGCUAUGGGUGUGGAAGGUGCGGUGGAAGAGGCUGAAUGACGACAUCAUCAAGCGGCGCAUCACCCCGUACGCCAACCGGCUCAUCGUCGAUUACCUCGGUGGAGAGGAGGCGGAGCUGCUGAACGUCGUGAACGAAUACCUUCGCGAUCACAAGGGCCCGCAGGCGCUGCUGGAAGAGCUCGAACCGGUUCUGGAUGAGGACGUCACGAACUUCGUCGUCAAGGUGUGGCGCCGUCUCGCCAUCGAGACCGAGUUUGAGCAUGCUGGCAUCGACUUCUAA